AUCUCCAUCUCCCCCAACUCGCUCCGGCCUCUUCGUCUCGCUCCAACCCGCAGACCAGCCAUCCUCCAUCCGCUCUGCUGCACCGGCUCGGCCUCCUGUCCACCAUGCUCCUUCGCUCCGUCGCUGCUGGCGCUGCCCUCCUCUCCCUCGUCUCGGCCACGACCCCCGCCUCGGCGGCCUCUGCAAGUGUCCAGGCCACCCAGCGCCCCCGUCCCACGACCCCACUUUCAUACUACCUCUGGCCUCAGCCCUCCAGCAUUGUCGAUGCCCAAAAGGUCGUUGAUGUCUCCGACUCGUGGCUCGAUUUCUCCUCGCCCAACACUCAGCUCGAGACCGUGAUCCAGUCGGCCUAUGACCGCUUCGCCCAUUCGCUCGAGGUCAAGCGUGCCAACAUCGAGUGGAGCGGCUCGACCUUCCGUGUCCAGGUUGUCAUCAGCGACCACAGCACCAAGGGCCCUGCUUCGCUCGUCGGCAUUGAUGAGUCCUACAAGGUCCAAGUCACCCAGAGCCUCGCCACUGUCACCGCCAAAACCCAGGCCGGUGCCGUCUACGGACUCCAAACCCUCUCGCAGAUGAUCACCAAGGACGGAUACCUGCGCCUCGGCACCAUCACCGAUGCCCCUCGUUUCUCCUACCGCGGCCUUAUGCUCGACACCGCCCGCAACUUUUUCCCCGUCGAGGACAUCAAGCGCAUUCUCGAUGGUCUGGUUUACUCCAAGGUCAAUGUCCUGCACUGGCACAUCUAUGAUUCUCAGUCGUUCCCGAUCAAGUGGGACCGCUAUCCCCAGAUGCUCGACGCCACUUACAAGUACGACGACGGCACGCCGAAGCUCUACACCCAGCAGGAUGUUGCCGACAUUGUUGACUAUGCCUUCCAGCGCAACAUUCGCGUCAUCCCCGAGUUCGAGGCGGCCGACCACAACGCUGUCUUUGGACACAUCAACGCCAGCUACAUUGUCGGAUGGAACCACUCUCCCUGGGACGGUCGCAACGGACAGUACAUGAACUCCACCGACCAGCCCGACCCUGCCAACCCCACCGCUGCGCUGUGGUGGGGCGGCCAGUACUGCAACCAGUUCCCUUGCGGCCAGCUCGACAUUCGCAAUCCCGACGCCAUCGCCGUCCUUGACCAUCUCAUCAGCGACAUUGGCUCGUGGUUCCCCGACCCCGUUCUCCAUGUCGGCCACGAUGAAGUCAACGCCCGAGUCUACGGCCUCGUGCCCGACAGCUGGGAUGUGGCCCCCAGCGACCUGAUGUAUCCGCUGUUUGCAAAGUUCGAGCCGCAUCUCCUGCAGACCCUCUCCAAGGCCAAGAAGCAGUAUGCCGCCUGGGACGAAGUCAUUGACACCUUCAACAUCCAGGGUAUCCUCCCCAAGAAUGCCCUGAUCACUCAGUGGCAGCAGGGCGCCAACAACGACGCCGAUCGAGUCAACGCCAUCGCCGCCGCCGGCUUCUCCAACAUUGUCGUCUCUCCCUCGGACUACUGGUACCUCGACUGCUCGCCCUCGCAGAACUGGUGCUCGACCGCCUACGAGCAGACCGUGCCUGCUUUCCAGUACAACCUCACCGGGUACCUGACCUACCCCGGCCAGUGGCACAACUGGACCUACAUGUACAGCUACGAUCCCCUUUGGGGCCUGACCCCCAACGCCAGCCAGGCUGUCAAGGGUGGAUUCGGUGCCAUGUGGUCCGAGACCCUCAAGCGCCACAACGUCGAUCACUACAUUUUCCCUCGAAUCUCUGCCAUUGCCGAGCGACUGUGGUCCUACAACAACACCCAGUGGAACGACCAAACCACCCCGCUUCGACUGGAGCGUUUCCGCGAGUCGCUCAUCAACGAACUCAACAUUGAUGCCGCUGCGCUCGACUAUCUCGGCAACCAGGAGGGCACGACCUUCAAGACCGAGGCCUGCGACGGCGCUGGCCUGCAUGCCCCUGGUCAAAAGACCAGCUCCUGCACCGACCCUGGCUGCCCCGUCCUCGACAGCAAGGGCAACCCCGUCGUUCCCCCAAGCUACUUUGCCGCCCUUGGCGACUACUGCGACAUUGCUGCCACUUACAAGACCAACUCGUUCGCCCACACCAACCCCUCGCCCGUCCCUUACUCCUUGUAGACGGUCCAGCGCCACCCGGCCGGCUGGCUUCAUGCUUCUGAGCCUAAACCAUCAGCCCGUCGCAUAACUGUGCCGGGCCACAAGUCCACUGAUCCUGAUCCUGAUCCUGAUCCGCGCUGCGCGGACACCUCGCUGACAUUUCCUUAACCCGCCGAUGCUUCUAUGAGAAACCCCCCCCCUAUGUGUGUGUACUUUUAUAACGAUAUGACAUGCGCCUGCCCGCAUGUUUCUUAAACUUCCAACAAAGAAAUGAAAAGAAAGAGCUCUCCUCGUCGAUUCCUCG